AAACUAGACUCCAACAACUGGUUGUUGUACUUUGUGUUCUUUUCAGAUGCUUAAAUCUCAAGUAUAGCCUUCAAAAUACCCGAAAGAAUGUCCUUCAUCAAUGAACAACAUGCAAAAUUGAUCAUUUCUUCAUAGACCCUUCUUCAAAAUGGUAAUGCAAUCCUCACUGGACCGGCGAAUUCAAUCACUGUUCCCUUUGGCAUUGGCUUCCAUUUUGGUCUUGGGAACCAUGCAACUAAUUCUUGAUAACCUGAAGAGCAAUGGGAGCUAUGUUUUCCAGAUCUACAGCGAGCCAAAAGGUAAUAGGAAUGCAUUCUUUGUUUUACCGGAAGAUCGGAUUGAAGAAGGUUGCAAUCUGUUUGAGGGGGAAUGGAAGUGGGACAAUGUAUCAUACCCUCUUUAUACUGAAGAUAGCUGCCCUUACUUGGUUAAACAAACCACUUGCCUCAGGAAUGGGAGGCCUGAUUCUUUAUAUCAAAACUGGAGGUGGCAGCCUAAUUCCUGCCAACUGCCACAUUUUGAUCCACUAAAGCUGUUGGACAUCUUAAGGAACAAAAGACUGAUGUUCAUAGGAGAUUCAGUGCAAAGAGCCCAGUUUGAGUCAAUGGUUUGUUUGGUACAAUCUGCGAUUCCUGAGGGGGAGAAAUCAUUCCAUAGAAUUCCUCCCACGAAGAUCUUUAAAGCUGAGGAGUACAAUGCAUCAAUUGAGUACUACUGGGCUCCCUUUAUUGUGGAGUCUAAUUCAGACCAUGCAACAAAUCAUACUGUCCUGAGGCGGCUGGUGAACCUUGAUGCCAUAGCCAAACAUGGCAAGAGCUGGGAAGGAGUUGAUGUCUUGGUGUUUGAGAGCUAUGUCUGGUGGAUGUUCAAGCCUCAGAUCAAUGCUACCUCCGGAACUCCAGGAAUUGUUCAGGAAUAUAAUGUAACAACUGCUUACAGAUUGGCAUUGGAAACUUGGGCAAAUUGGUUAGAAUCCAACAUCAAUCCUCUAGUUCAGAGGGUCUUCUUCAUGACUAUGUCUCCAACACAUCUGUGGAGCUGGGAAUGGAAGCCAGGCAGUAAUGGGAACUGCUUCAACGAGACACAUCCGAUCCAAGAAGCAUCGUACCUGGGAACUGGAUCUAGUCUAACAAUCAUGGAGAUUGUACGUGACAUCUUACAAAAACUAAAUAUCAAUGUUACAGUUCUGAACAUUACACAAUUGUCAGAAUAUCGAAAAGAUGCUCAUACAUCCGUUUAUGGUGAACGAAAGGGUAAGCUCCUAACAAAGGAACAGAGAUCUGACCCCAACAAUUUUGCUGAUUGCAUCCAUUGGUGCUUACCGGGAGUCCCUGAUACAUGGAAUGAGAUUUUGUAUGCAUAUUUGUUGCGCAGUCAUAAAAAUCGUCUGUAAUCUGAACCUUUUUUUCCUGGUUUAUAGGCAUGUAAAAUCAAGAAAUCGAAAAUCAAGAA